AUGAAACCUUGUGCAGACAACCGUCGGGGUGCCAGAGAAAGUUGCAUCAAACCAGGUGACACCGUCCUUUUGAAACAGCCGAAGGAAAACAAAUUCAGUGCUCCAUACAACCCUAAACCUUUUGUCGUAGAAAAGAAAAAGGGAACAAUGGUCACUGCCAAGAACGAUUCAAAGGUUGUCACACGAAACUCCUCGCAAUUCAAGGUGAUUUCAACCAAGUCAGCCAAACACGAUGACAAGCAAGUUGAACCAAAGGUUCCAAGACCAUCAAACGCCCAAGAACAAAAAACACUUCAACAAAGACCGAAACGAAACGUAGGACAGCCAGCAAGGUUCGCGGACUAUGUAAACUAUGAACCAAUGUGA